GACUCCGAAGGAGGUGCGGUCGAUAAUGGAGAUUCCGUUCGACGAAGGGGCAAGAUCCGUCACUUUUAAUCUCAAAUACCCCGAACAUUCACAAUUCGUCGCUGUGGUUAGCGACGCUUCAGGCUUCGGAACUGGUGGCACCAGCGUUCCCGCCCGCGUUGGGGAAUCAGACGACGACUCCUGUUACGAUCCCAAUGUCGGAAGUCAAGUGGACUUCGCCAUCGACUUUGAACCACGAAACCAAAUUACCCAGUGUGGGGUCACGCGGAUAUUCUGGCCGAGGAAAGACCAAGUCCAAGGGCCAACUCAAUUCUACGGCGUGAUCCCUGGUGGCCAGUCCUUCGAAAUACCUCAAGGAGAAGUGACAGAUGAAAUUGGUUUUGGAACAGGGUUCGAUUGGAGGGCGAACGUUCGGGUGGGGACCACAUUGAUGAUUGUGGGAGGAGACAGUCGGCGGACGGGCAAUGGUGGAAGCGGCACUUUCCUGGUCGCCAACCCACCUGAACCGGACGAUUCGUGUUUGGACGCCAAUAGUCCCAGCUCAACCCCGGGUACCCCAGCUGGAGGAACGUAUCCUACGGGAACUGGUGGCAACAGUGGAGACAGCACGGAUAACGUAGACGGUGGCGGAUCCAACGUUGGUGCCAUUGUUGGUGGAGUCGUUGGUGGACUGGUCGUGUUGGUUUCCCUCGUCUUAAUCAUUUUCUUCUACCGCCGCCGCCGAAAGGUUCGAUCAAGGCAGCGCGAGAAGCCCGUGGACCUACUCAACGAAGGAGAGGACGAUGAAGAAGGCGACGGUGGCAACCAGCGUGAAAGCAGAAACGAUCUCCCUCAGUUCUACAGACCAGAGCCGUUCACGGUUCCUGAUCCAACUCUCGCAAGCACUUACGGCGAUGGGGAUGAUCGUGGGAGCACAAGACCACUCAGUGGAACCGCUACAAGCUUCUACACGAGGAGUGCGACACCAGAUGGAAGCGUGGCACUUGGCUAUGGAGUGGGGGCAGGUGCGCCAUCGAGUAUAGGAACCGGAAGGAAGGGCCAGCCACCACGAGCGAUGCGACCGGUCAACAUCAUCCAACACGACGACGCUGGGCCCAGCGUGCCGUACCUACCGAAGGAAGACGAGGAAGCAGAAACGAUAGAACUUCCUCCUGCAUAUACAGCCAUUCGUUCCGAGCAUAGUAUCCCAGCCCCGCAGUCCACCAAUGGCACAUCGCCGGCCACGCCUCCAGCUGCAUCAUCGUCCAACCCCCCUCCGCCGCCUCCCCCACAGUAAGCGACUUUCAGACCUUGGCUCAGCAACCUCAACAAUUCGGCCUUCCAGCACUGAUGCAUCUAUUAACGACCCGUCAUGACCCACCUGCGUCUUCGAUGUUGUUUCGUGGCCACCUGUUUCUUGUUCUGUUCUCCCUUGCUGCAUCUCGCUUUGUCAUUUGCCUUGCAUCCCGGACACUUUCUUUUUGAUACCUUUCUCUUGUUCAUCGACGUGCUUCGACCAUUGUGGACCCCGUUAUACCCGGGGCUCCUUCAGGUAGCGCGUCCAUCUUUCCACCUUCUUUGCCUUCGCUGGACCCUCGCAUCUCCUCGAUCAUCACACUUUCUUUCGUUUCCAUGGACAUUUCAUCUUCGCUCGCUCUUCUCGCUUUCAUUCCAACCUUCUUUUGUGAUUUCUCGUUCCAUUCUACACACAUCCCCUUUUAAUACCCCUUUUCGUAAAUUGGUUGGGCGGCCUAUACGUCAGUCCAGUCAAACGUUGGCCCCACGAGCAAGAAGAUCUCGGCGAUGUGGACAAGAAACCGCGUCCAUACACAUCGAGGCCAGCUCCACAAUCCAUCGACAUCAUUCCCGACGCGCGGGUUUCGACCCAUGACUCUCAGAAAGCCACGUCUAUAGUAGUAUGCUUGCCCGCCAACGCUCUUCGACCCACGCCGCCAUGCAACAACCACGCAUUAUCGACCUUCGUUGUAUAACUGUUCAAUCAUACAUUCGCCACCGGCAAAGUAACUUGUCAUCGUCGCCGCUAUCGACGCCACGGAUGAUACCAAACACCCCUCUCCUCAUCAAAAAGUCAAACCCAAACUCAACUCGAACAAUCCAAUCAAGGCAUCGCGUUUUUUCCCCCAAUCUCUGCAU